UCAUCCCCGGGCUCCUCUUCAAAUGCACCGAGUCCCAUGAGCCGGCACCUCCCGGACUCACCUUUCCUGCUCCACCGGCCGCUGUCGCCUCCUCCCCGCGUGGCCAGAAAGCAGGUCCUGCCGCCACACUGCCGGCAGAGACGCAGCGAGAGGGAUUUCUGGCAGCAGCGCCGGUGUUUGCCGUCGGCAUCCGUCUGAGCCAAGCCGUGCCGCAGCAGAGCUGCCAUGAGGCCUGGGUGUGCCGAGGUCCUGCGCUGGCUCCUGCUGGUGCAGGCGGUGGCUCAGGCAGCGGGUGGCCGUCCCUGCAACGCCAAGGACUUCGGUCACGGCUCACAGGUGUGCGCCUGCAGUGCCACGUACUGCGACACGCUGGACCCCGUGGUGCUGCCGGCCCCGGGCACCUACGUCAAGUACGAGAGCAGCAAGGCCGGCAAGCGGCUGGAGCGCAGCCAGGGGAGCUUCCGGCAAAACGCCAAGACCCCAGAUUUCCACCUCACUCUGAACACGGCGCAGCGAUACCAGAAGGUGAAGGGCUUUGGCGGCUCCGUCACCGACUCAGCUGCCAUCAACAUCCAGUCCCUGUCCAAGGAUGCCCAGAACCACCUGCUCCGCUCCUAUUUCUCCGAGGAAGGCAUCGAGUACAACCUCGUGCGCGUCCCCAUGGCCAGCACCGACUUCUCCGUCCGCCUUUACACCUACGCUGACGCCGUGGGCGACUUCGAGCUGAAGCAUUUUAAUCUGACAGAGGAGGACACGCAGAUGAAGAUCCCCAUCCUCCAGGCAGCCCAGGCAAUGGCCAAGCGGCCACUGUCACUCUACGCCAGCCCCUGGACAUCCCCGGUGUGGAUGAAGACGAACGGCGCCAUGACAGGGAGGGGGACGCUGAAGGGCAGCCCUGGGGACAAGUACCACCAGGCUUGGGCCAAGUAUUUCAUUCGGUUCCUGGAUGAAUACGCCAAACACAACCUGACCUUCUGGGCGGUGACGGCGGGGAAUGAGCCCACGGCCGGCGAGAUUGUCUUCUACCCCUUCCAGUGCCUGGGCUUCUCCCCCGAGCACCAGCGGGACUUCAUCGCGCGCGACCUGGGCCCCGCGCUGGCCAACAGCUCCCACCGCCACGUCCGGCUCAUCAUCCUGGACGACCAGCGGGUGAUGCUGCCUUACUGGGCACAAGUGGUGCUCAAAGACCCCGUGGCCGCUGGCUACAUCAGUGGCAUCGGCAUCCACUGGUACCUGGACUUCCUGGCACCCAUUGACCUCACGCUCUCCAUCACCCAUCACCUCUUCCCAGAUUAUUUCCUCCUCUCCACCGAAGCCUCCACCGGCUCCUAUUUCUGGGAGCCCAGGGUGGUGCUGGGUGACUGGGACCGCGGGAGCAAGUACAGCCACAGCAUCCUGACGAACCUCAACAACUACGUGACCGGCUGGACCGACUGGAACCUGGCCCUGGACCUGGAGGGGGGACCCAACUGGAGCAAGAACUACGUGGACAGCCCCGUCAUUGUGGACAGCAGCAAGGAUGUUUUCUACAAGCAGCCCAUGUUCUACCACCUGGGGCACUUCAGCAAGUUCAUCCCCGAGGGCUCGCAGCGCGUGGGGCUCAGCGUCUCCAAGAAGUGCCGCUGGUGCAACCUGGAGCACUCGGCUUUCCUGCGCCCCGACGGUGCCGUCGUCCUGGUGGUCCUGAACCGCUCCCCCGCUGACGUGUCCUUCGGGAUCUCUGACCCCCGCGUGGGCUCCAUCGAGGCCACGGCUCCCAGCGACUCCAUCCAGACGUUCCUGUGGAAGCAGCCGGCGUAGCGCGGCGAUGGAGGAAGGUGCUGGCACUGGGAGGGUGAUGCUGGUGGAGGGCUUGGGGACUUGGGGACAGGUCUCUGCGUGGGGGGCUGAGGCUGCAGCGCAGCCCCACAACGCCCCCAGGGACCCGUUUGAUCUGAGGACCGCGACGUCCGCUCUUUUCUAGAUGUUGUCAUAAAAUAAACAGGUUUUCUACAACCUC